AUGUGUGAACAUCAAAGAUGUACCAACGGUCGACGGCUAGCGGUACUUGCUGUGCUGAUACUGUGCAUUAGUGUUUCGCAUCAGCAACAGGAAUGUACUACACCACGAGAAGAACGAGGAAACUGUGUGUCUAUGUAUGAUUGUAACUUCAUAAGGAGCUAUUUCGAUGGAAGCAUUCUCAAUCCUGACGAUGUUGCAUUCUUAGAAAACUCGAUAUGUAAACCAAUUAGCCCCUCUGGUCAACGACCAUUUGUUUGCUGUCCAUCCGCUGGGAAGCCGACCACUCCAGCAACAUCUUUACCUCCUGAACCGGAAUUGCUACCUAAUCCGAUCAAAGAAGAAUGUGGAGUUACAAAGUAUAUCAGCAUCAUACCUCAUAUCAUGGGUGGUGAAAACUGUACCAUCGGAGAGUUUCCCUGGUUUGCGUUGCUGCAGUUCGAGAAUCGGCGAGGAAAACGGAGUUACAACUGCGGUGGUGCCAUUAUUAAUAAUCGAUAUGUCCUCACGGCCGCUCACUGCGUCAUUGGAUGGGUCGAACGGUUAGUAGGCAAACUCGUUGAAGUGCGAUUAGGCGAGCAAAACACGGACACGGAAAAGGAUUGCGAACAAGAUGAAGACGGGCAAAUUUGUGCUGAUUGCGAACAAGAUGAAGACGGGCAAAUUUGUGCUGAUCCACCGAUAGAUGUCGGAAUAGAGAAGGUCUUGGUCCAUCCUCUAUAUAAUGAAUGGAGUAACGCGAACGACAUUGCGCUUGUUCGGCUCAAUAAAACAAUCGUUUUCACGGAUUUCGUUCAACCAAUUUGUCUACCAACGCUCGAUUUCCGUCCUUCCAACACUAGUGAAACUCUCUCCGUCGCCGGAUUCGGUCGAACGCUCAAAGGGAUGCGAAGUGCAAUCAAGCAGAAGCUGACCAUCAAGGUGUACGACCACAAUCGCUGCAGAAAGAUGUUUGGAACCAAGAAAGCAGUGAUAACGACGAAUCAGAUCUGUGCCGGCGGUGAACACGCCAAGGACUCAUGUAAAGGUGAUUCCGGUGGUCCGCUGAUGAAGCUACAAAAGGUUUGGUACCUUGAGGGUGUCGUAUCGUAUGGCUAUGGAUGUGGGCUCGAGGAUUGGCCCGGUGUGUACAGUCACGUCCCAGCCUACAUGUCCUGGAUAAGAAGCAAUUUAGUGGCGUGA